AUGGUUGGUGUCUGCAGGGCCCUGUUGGAGAAGCAGCUGGCGGCCUGUGUGAACGUCCUGCCCCACGUCACCUCCAUCUACCGGUGGAAGGGCACCAUUGAGGAGGACGCCGAGGUGCUGCUGAUGAUCAAAACCCGCAGCUCCCGGGUCUCGGCUCUGGCGGAGUUCGUCCGGUCGGUGCAUCCCUACGAAGUGGCCGAGGUGAUCUCUGUGCCCAUCCAGCAGGGAAACCCCCCGUACCUGCGAUGGGUGGAAGAGGCCGUGCCCCCCGAGUGAGGGGGCCCUUGACCAGCCUGUGCCCACAAUAAAGCCCCCCCCCCCGGGGGGGGACAC